UCUGGAAGAGGCAGGACCACGCCAUCCGGCCGCAAUCCCGAUCCGUAUACUUUAAAGAUAUAGUAUAUGUUAAUCAGGGGGGGGGGGGGGUGUGGUUUGCGUGUGACAAUUAAAGAAAAAAAAGUUAUUAGUUAACGUUAUAUUCGAAUAAUAAAGAAACUUUUCGUAGAGACACAACUCUUUCCCCCCCCUACCCUCCCCCCCUCCAUCUUUCCCCUUACCCUCCCCCUCUCCCGGCUUAAACGUUAAUCGACUUAAAUUAAAAACUAUAUAAUCCGUAACAAAAUAAAAGUGUGCCGCAGGUAAGCGGCGGCGGGAGGCGGCGUUGUUGUUUUUUUUAAAAAGAAGGAAAAGUUUUGUUAAAAGAUUAUUAUAUAAAUAAAAUAAUAAAUUUCAAAAGAAAGCCAUGCCGCAUUACGGGCCACCCUCGAGCGAGAGCGCCUGCCCGCUCCGCACCAUCAAGAGGCUGCAGUUCGGAGUGCUGAGCCCCGAUGAGAUUAAACGGAUGUCGGUGACGGAGGGUGGCAUCAAGUACCCCGAGACCACCGAAGGAGGGAAACCCAAACUGGGGGGUCUCAUGGACCCCCGGCAGGGAGUCAUCGACCGCACGGCGCGCUGCCAGACCUGUGCCGGCAACAUGACCGAGUGCCCGGGUCACUUUGGCCACAUCGAGCUGGCCAAGCCGGUGUUCCACGUGGGCUUCCUCACCAAGACCAUCAAGGUGCUCCGAUGCGUCUGCUUCUUCUGCUCCAAGAUGCUCGUGGAUUCGAACAACCCCAAGAUCAAGGACAUCCUGCUUAAGUCUCGUGGCCAGCCUCGCCGGAGGCUCACGCACGUGUACGACCUCUGCAAGGGCAAGAACAUCUGCGAGGGUGGCGAGGAGAUGGACUCGCGCUUCGACGGCGACCUCAAGGAGGGCGCCUCGGAGGAGACUAAGGAAAAGGGCCACGGGGGCUGCGGGCGCUACCAACCUCGCAUCCGCCGCUCGGGCCUGGAGCUCACGGCCGAGUGGAAGCACAUCAACGAGGACUCCCAGGAGAAGAAGAUCGUGCUGAGCGCCGAGCGAGUCUACGAGAUCUUCAAGCGCGUGACGGACGAGGAGUGCACCAUCCUGGGCAUGGACGUGAAGUUCGCGCGGCCCGAGUGGAUGGUGGUGACGGUGCUGCCGGUGCCGCCACUCGCCGUGCGGCCGGCCGUCGUCAUGCAGGGCUCCGCGCGCAACCAGGACGACCUGACGCACAAGCUCGCCGACAUCGUGAAGAUCAACAACCAGCUGAAGCGCAACGAACAGAACGGCGCCGCGGCGCACAUCAUCGCCGAGGACGUAAAGCUGCUGCAGUUCCACGUGGCCACCAUGGUGGACAACGAGAUGCCCGGCUUGCCCAGGGCGAUGCAAAAGUCCGGCCGUCCCCUCAAGUCGCUGAAGCAGCGGCUCAAGGGCAAGGAAGGUCGCGUGCGAGGCAACCUCAUGGGCAAGCGCGUCGACUUCUCGGCGCGCACCGUCAUCACGCCCGACCCCAACCUCUCCAUCGACCAGGUCGGCGUGCCACGCUCCAUCGCCGCCAACAUGACCUUCCCCGAGAUCGUCACGCCCUUCAACAUCGACAGGUGA